ACAAAAGUCUGAAUAAAAGUCAAAAGUGUUCUGUGCUAACAGGCCAGGCGACAGCUCAUUAUAUUGCAUUGUAUAUAUAGUUUCAAAUAGAAAUCAAGGGAGAUAUUUUACAUUUAGUUUCACGUAUCAAUGACUUGUAUAAAAUUCAUUUAUAAUGCAGUAUAAAAAAGUUACCCACGUUCUUUUCGAUUUAGAUGGCCUACUCAUUGAUUCAGAAAAACUUUAUUCAGAGGCUUUUGAAAUGGUAUGUGCUAAAUAUGGAAAAACCUUUACGUGGGAAAUUAAAUCCAGUUUAUUGGGUUUUCAAGGUUACGAAUGUGCUGAUAAAAUCAUUGAAACAUUAAACCUGCCACUGACGAGUGAUGAGUUUAUGGACGAAUGCCAAGAAGUGUAUGAAAAAAUAUUUGUCAAUGUACAAUUAAUGCCAGGGGCACAGAAGUUAGUUGAACACUUGUACACUAAAGGAGUCCCAAUCGCAUUGGCUACAAGUUCAAGUGCAGACAGUAUGGAUAUGAAGAUGCAAAAUCACCAAUCAUUUCUUAAGUAUUUCCAUCAUCUUACCAUGGGUUCCUCAGAUCCUGAAGUAACUAAAGGCAAACCUGACCCAAUAAUAUUUUUGGUCUGUGCCUCUCGAUUUCCUGACAAGCCAAAACCUGAGAAUUGCUUAGUAUUUGAAGAUGCUGUAAAUGGUGUAAAAGCAGCAUGCGCAGCUAACAUGCAAGUUGUUGCUGUGCCAGACCCACGAAUUGAUAGAGAGCAGUUAAAAGAUGCUACGUUAGUCCUCAACUCUUUAGAAGAAUUUCAACCAGAACUUUUUGGUCUCCCAAGCUAUGAUUAAAAUAAUCAAAUGCUAAUUUUCUGUAAGUAUCAUUUAGAUAUAUAAUCUCUAUAUGAUUUUAUUACUGAACACCAUGAAAAUUUUAAUUUUUGAAAAUAAUUUGCAUUCGCAUUGGCAAUGUAAGCUAUGGUUAACAUUUUUUCAAUGCCAAUGUUUUGGACAGUGGUGACCACUUACCAUCAGGUGGCCCACUUGAUCAUCCGCCUACCUAUUCUAUAAAAAAAAUGUUUGUAAUUGUAUAUUAUCUUUCAUUUUUACUAUAAAUUGAAAUAUAUAUAAAGAUGGUACUAUAUAUUGAAAUAUAGCCUUCUUCUGAUGAUGUCGAAUGGCAUCUCCUUAGAGUGUUUUGCUUCUUAGACACUACCCUGUUAUGCAGAUAAAUUAGUUUAAUUUUAGUGUUAUUAAAAGUUGGUUUUUUAUAAAAAGUACAUCAUUUCUAGUUGUUGUUAAUUUGUAAGGUAUUAAUUUUCUUUUAUAGCAUUGUUAAAAUAAUGAUGAAUGCAUAACAUGUUUAUAAAAUUUUAAAUAGUAGUUUGUUGAAACAUUUUAUAUGUUCAUAAUGUUUUAUGAAAUAUGUUUCGUUAUAUUGAAAAUCUAAUAAUGUUUAAUAUUAUUUCUUGUAUAACCUCAAAAUAUGUCUAGUCAUUGAAAACUA